AUGCUCUACUCAUUGUUUCUCGUUGCCCUCGCGGGUUUCGGAACAGCUUCGCCCACUGUCCAGCCCAUCAACUUCGCCGCCAUCCUGUCUGCCCCGGCGCCGUCCUUGACAGGCCCUCCCGCCUAUGCCACGGGCCAAACUGGAGUCUACAACCCCGCUGCUGCUUCUUCGAUUGCAUCCGUUGCGGUUACUGGCGUGGCCUCUGCCAGCGCUACCAAGUCUGUCGUUGCUCGCGACGUCUUGGACAAGCGGAACUUCUGCUUCUUUGGAUUCUGCUUCGGGGGAUCUCAGACCUGGAACACCCCGGCCCCCCAGACUACCUCGAAGGCUGUCCCGUCGUCGACCUGCGCUAGCACUACGUCUUCCCCUGCUGUCACUACCACUUCGAAGACGACUACUCCCGUGACCACGGCUUCUACCGUCAUCACAUCCGCAGCUUCCAUCACCACGCCUCCCUCGACCUGUACGCCAAUCAGCUGGACCAACACCAAUUCCUUCACUACCGCCACAUCAUGCGCGGCGCCGUUCGAAGUCGGUACCUACUGCGGCUUCAUCAACCCGGAAGAUCCUUGCGCUGUUCAACCUGAUGGAAACGGUCCUCGCGUCCAGCCCGAUACGGUGGAUGCGUUCCUAGCGUACCAGGAGUUCCACCAGGAUGCCCAGAACGCCAAGACCCCUACGGGAUACGCUUCCACCUUCAAGGAUCUCGACGCUUCGGUCAACGCCAACAGCUAUCUCGGCCUCUACACUCUCAAGAGCUACGACGUCGCCCAGUGCGCCAGCCUCUGCGACAGCACAAAGCUAUGCACCGGGAUCAACAUCUACGUCGAGCGCGACCCGUCCAUCAACCCGGCCGGCUGCACUUGCUCGAACCCGCCGUCCAUCUCCAACUACAAGUGCACCCUCUGGGGCUCCGGCGUCGAGCAGGCCGCCGCGACCAACACGGGCGAGGGACGGAACGGCUUCCAGGUGGUGAUUGCCGGCUCCAACGGCUACGAGAAGACCAACACCACCACGCCGGCGACGCCCUCCGGCUGGACGAACCCUCAGAACUGCAGCAGCGUGGUCCACAGCCACCCCAGCACCUGCAUGGGGCAGAACUUCUUCCCGGGCCCCUUCGACGCCAACGUCUGCGCCUCCUACGCCGCCUCCCAGAACGCCCUGAACUCCAAGUCUCUCGGCAUCUGGUCGUGGGCCUCCUGGUUCGGCUACAGCCCGCUGCGGUGCAACUUCUUCAACGCCUUCAUGGUCAAGGAGAACGGGGUCGCCAAGGGCACCUACUGCAGCCUCUUCACCCAGCAGUAUGCGCCUUCGGCAGCUACCUACAAGCCCGAGUUCUCGGUCGGCAUCUCCUGGGGCAUCGAGAGCAGCUGGAGUUUCUGCAGCGCUUAG